UGUACAUAAGAGCUAAAAAAAGGUCUAACAUCUAGUGAAGCGAUAGAGAGACGUGAAACGCCCAGCUGAUUUUCGAACCGAAAACAGUCUAAAGACACUAAAUAAACAAGAAAAAUUAUUAGAAAUUUUGUAGAGCGACUUUUUAAGUUGCUUACAAAGUCUCAUUCAAAUCGAAUUGAUUGUUUUCAUUUUUAUUUAUAUAUUUUUCUCUUGGGAUACAUUGUGAUUUGACACAGUUCAAAUAUAACUAAAACAAAGGAAGAUUUUUUAUUGGUUGUAAAUUGUAGAAGUGUUAGGCAAUUAAAUAAAAGAAACGAGUGCAAUGUCUGGUGAUCACAAAACAAUAAUCAAUGGAAAUCCAUCACAAUAUGUUAAACUAAAUGUGGGUGGUCAUCUAUUCCAAACAACGAUUGCAACAUUGACUUCAAAACCUGAUACAAUGCUACAGGCAAUGUUCAGUGGCCGAAUGGAAGUGCUCACCGAUUCAGAGGGUUGGAUUAUGAUUGAUCGAUGUGGUACACAUUUUGCAACAAUUUUGAAUUAUUUGCGAGAUAGUAGUGUUUCAUUGCCUGAAACACCGAAAGGUGUUGCGGAAUUAUUGGCCGAAGCGAAAUACUAUUGCAUCACAGAGUUGGCCGAUUCGUGUGAACGAGCAUUGCAGAAAAAGGAGCCAGAGCCAAUUUGCCGUGUGCCAUUAAUAACAUCGCAAAAAGAAGAGCAAAUUUUGAUUAGCGCAUCGACAAAGCCUGUGGUCAAACUGUUAAUCAAUCGACAUAAUAAUAAAUAUUCGUACACUCAUACAUCCGAUGACAAUCUAUUGAAAAACAUCGAACUAUUUGAUAAACUAUCGCUACGUUUUAGUGGUCGAAUUCUAUUUGUUAAAGAUGUGAUUGGUUCGAAUGAAAUUUGUUGUUGGUCAUUUUAUGGUAACGGACGUAAAGUGGCCGAAGUAUGUUGUACGUCCAUUGUAUAUGCCACCGAUAAAAAGCAUACAAAAGUCGAAUUUCCCGAAGCAAGAAUCUAUGAAGAAACGCUACAAGUUUUAUUAUACGAAGAUCGAAAUGCGCCCGAUCAAGAACUGCUGAAGGCAACAUCCAGCUAUAAACAAGUUGGUGGUGGUGCUGUUGCUGUUGGUGGUAUAUCGACCUAUACCAGCGACGAAGAAGAAGAACGAUCCGGUUUGGCGCGGCUGCGACUAAAUAAACAGAAUACGGGCACAUGAUUGACCCGACAAUUAAGCAAUAGCUUUCGGAAAAGAUUUUUACCAAAGAAAAAAUCACAUUAAAACAAUUCCAAACAUGAGACAAAGAAGGAAGAGAACACACAUUUUCGGAAAUUGAAAGAAACAAAAAUUAGAAGCAUUGACGCUCUGGAUCGAUUGAUUUAUUUAAAUAAAAAAUGUUUUCGUAUAUUGACAAUCAGAUAUUCAUACACAUACUAAAAAAAGAAGCAGAGAUAAGACAUUUUUGGUCUUAGAUUUCGUGAUACAAUUUUGUUAUUUUUAUCACUUAAUUUUCAUCUCCUUUUCUUAUUAUCAACGCAUUUAUCAUAUUUCUUCGCAUCAUCAAUGCCGUUUUGUUUCGUUUCAUUGAUGUCAAUACAUAGUAGUUCUAUUUGAAAUUCUGAUCAAUUCUCCAAAAGAUUUCAUCAAAAAAAAAAACAAUACAAAAAAAUGAACGUUCUACACAGGCAAUUCAAAUUGCGCGCAAAGAACAUCAACUUAAGUUUUCUUCAGAGUCAAGAAUCGAUGAUAAUCACCUAAGAUUGGCUUAAAAAAGAACAUUUAUAAGUUUAAUUAAUCUGGAUAACGACCAAAUAGACAAACCGCUUUGGUUUUACUUACAUCCUUCACCUGUUUUCAUUACGACGUGCUUUUUGCACAAACAAAUUUACAUUUAAAAAAAAAUCAACUAUUAAAACGCCAGUAUGUGACUGUUAAAUAAAAAGAAAAAUCUACAUUGAUUUUAUAUUUUAAGCAGAAUCUAAAUCUAAAUUCCGAAAUUAUUGAAAAAUACACUCACAAAAAAAUGAAAUUUCGCAGGGCGAACUAUCUAAUAUUUAGCGGCAAAAAUUAAAAACUUUUUGUGAUUUAAUGAGAAAAAAAAUAUAUAUUUGUAUUUCGAUAAUUUUUUUUUUUGAUUUUCUUCAAGUAUUUGGAGUAAAAUCAAUUAUUUUAACACACUGCCAAAAAGAAAUCGUGCGUUAUUUUUUGAAGAAAUUAUCUAAAAAUAUGUUUAUCUAAUUUCGGCGACAAAAAUGUCUGUUUUUAUUAUCAAAUUAUUGAAUAUUUGGGCUCAUCGAUUCUACCAAUCGAUUAUUUUAUGUAAACAAACAACAAAACUAUACCCAAUUACCCAUCAAACAUCGAUAAUGAUUAAAACAAAAUUCAUUUUUAUAUAAAUAUUUCGUAAGAUUUUUUUUUCUACGUACGUCCUCUGAUUUUGUGUUUUUUUUUUUAAAUGGAAUAUGUCCAUAAUCGGCAAAUGAAUUUCAAAAAUUGUCAUGAUUCAGAUAUCGUGUGAUCGGAACAAAUUAUGUAGAUUAAGAGGAAAAAUGAAGGUCCAUUCUGUGGAUGUAUUCUACUCCAUUUUAUUUGUAAUUGAAUAUGAAUCAUUUAUUAAAAAUAUUGAGAUUGACGAAACAAA